UUUCAACUUGUAGCCAUCUUACGAUUACUCUAACUUAAAGCCGCAACCGUGUAUGCUGUUCCUUUACUUAGGUACUUGUUACUGCACACCCAUCCCAGCUCUAAAAAUGAGUUUUAAGUUCAAGUUGAAUGUGAUAAACCAUAGCCGAUCCGUCGCCAGACGGAUUGCUGGAACUCGCUAUAGCCGACAAUGCCCAUGUCAGUUCCAACUGAGGCCCUUGGCAACAGCUUCUGAGAAACCUCUGGUGUCAAGUUCACCAGGCUAUCUUAAGUUCUCGUAUAAAAAUACUGCUAGCAAUGUCAAGCGAUCUAUGCUGCCCAAUAUCUGGUUACGAGAUAAUUGCCGGUGUAGCAGUUGUGUCCACCAAGAUACCAUGCAGAGAAAUUUCAAUACUUUUGAUAUACCCCAAGACGUUCAGCCAUCACGGGUUGAAACAAAUGAGAAAGGUGUCAAGAUACAAUGGUCGGGGGAUUCUCACGAAAGCUUUUACCCAUGGGACUUCCUCAAAUUCUACCUAGAGUCAGAUAAAAGAGCUCCAGAGUCUCUUGAGCUAGAUUAUUUCGGUGCACAGGGGCCACGAAACCCUCAAGAUUGGCCGCCAUCGUUGAAACACGGGGACUUCUUAGCAAACGAGACUGAGACGGUUGGCCGCUUGACGGAUUUUAUCAGACGGAAUGGUUUCGCGUUUGUUACCGAUGUACCAAUCGACUCUGCAGAGGCAACCGAGAAGGUCCUGGAAAAGAUUGCCUUCAUUAGGCAAACACACUAUGGCGGUUUCUAUGAUUUCAUCCCAGAUCUGGCUCUUGCCGAUACCGCCUAUACGAACCUAGCAUUGGGUGCUCAUACGGAUACAACUUACUUCACAGACCCUGCUGGUCUACAAGCGUUCCAUCUGCUUUCUCACACGGGCCCUGACUCCGACAACAACCCAGAGUCAAACCUAGGAGGACAAUCUCUACUGGUUGAUGGGUUCCACGCAGCGAACGUCCUCAAAGAAGAGGAUCCAAAGGCAUUUGAAGUGCUCACCAAGAUCAAGCUUCCAUGGCAUGCUAGCGGCAACAAGGGAAUCACCAUUUCACCCGACAAACUGUAUCCAGUUCUCGAACUGGACGAGACAACAGGUAGGAUGCACCGCGUUAGGUGGAAUAAUGAUGAUCGUGGAGUCGUUCCUUUCGAUAGCGAGUACUCUCCAGAAGAAUGGUAUCAAGCCGCAAGAAAAUGGAAUAACAUCUUGAGGCGGGAAUCCAUCGAGUAUUGGUUCCAGCUUAAGCCAGGAAACCUCUUAAUAUUUGACAAUUGGCGCGUGCUGCAUGGAAGAAGCGAGUUUACUGGUGUGAGAAGGAUAUGUGGUGGAUAUAUUAAUCGGGACGACUUUGUUUCGAGAUGGAGAAACACCAAUUAUCCACGAGACGAGAUCCUAAAGCGAGUUAUAGGGUAACGUAACGCUAUAUCUUGGCCGCUACCGGCGCCUCAUCGGAUAAGAAUACCCCUUGGACGACUUGAGCGUCAUUUUGAGCGCCAUUUGAGUGCUUGGAACCGCGCGGGGGACAUCGGUGCGUUCAUGCGAAGGUCAGGCAGGGUUUUGUGGAAUUCACCGCACUUGGCAAUCCACAGAACACUACCUACAUGUAGUAUGUAUUCACAUGUUCCAAGGUUUGCAACAAUAACACCUCUACCUAUGUAGGUAGAUAGUCUAUUUUCACCAACUUGAUGUCUUUGAUAUAGACAGACUUUCCGUCUCCCAAGGUGUCACCAUAGAUGCACUCACACGGAGGCUUCAAUGUUGCAUCUGGCGAAAUGCAACGUUCUUCUAGACUUUAGAUAGCCGCUAAAUAAGAGCUGCAGUAGUUGAGAUGAUUUCAGCGAACCACCCUC